GGAAGUCAUGAAAGAUAAUUGUCUGGUGGAUGGAGCCUGCUGACCAAGUGCUUCAUGCCGACUUCACCGGGGGGGUGACUGAACAUCUGAUGAGACGACCGAGUCCUACAAAUGCUAAAUGAUUUGCUCAAGGUGCCCCACUUCAUAAGAAUUGGAGCCUCGGCCACCAUUCUGUCAGCUUGUCACUAAGUCUAAAGGAGCGCCUGCUCAGAAUGGCUGUGGGAUGGUUCUACUUGACCUUCUACGCACUGUGUUUCCUGGGCUUGAUGUGCAUCAUCCUCACCAUCUGUUGGAUGCAGCUAUGGCAUGGUGGCUUUGCCUGGGAUGGCACCAUUCUCAUGUUCAACUAUCACCCAGUGCUCAUGGUUGUGGGCUUAGUGGUACUCUACAGUGCUGCCUCGCUGGUGUACCGCCUGCCGCGGUCCUGGGUGGGGCCCAAGCUGCCAUGGAAGAUUGGCCACGCGGCCCUGCACCUGCUGGCCUUCAUCCUGACCGUGCUGGGGAUGGUCGCCGUCUUUCAGUUCCACCACCACUCCAAGGUCGCCAAACUCUACUCCCUGCACAGCUGGCUGGGCAUUGUCACUGUCUUCCUUUUUGCCUGCCAGUGGUUCCUGGGCUUUGCCGUCUUCCUGCUGCCCUGGGCAUCCGUGUGGCUGCGCAGCCUCCUUAAACCCAUCCACCUCUUCUUUGGCGUCAUCAUCCUCUCUCUGUCCAUCGCGUCUGUCAUUUCCGGCAUUAAUGAGAAGCUUUUCUUCAGUUUGAACAAUGCCACCCAGCCAUAUUCCAGUCUGCCCAGUGAGGCUAUCUUUGCCAACAGCCUUGGGAUGCUGGUGGUGAUCUUCGGGCUCCUGGUGCUCUACAUCCUCCUGGUUUCAUCUUGGAAACGCCCAGAGCCAGGGAUCCUGACUGAAGGACAGCCCCUGUUGCGUGAUGGGGAGUGAGCCAGGAGCAGGUGGAGGUGCUUCCCCUCAGCAGCUCUGCUCUGCCUGGGGCUCCUGUCUGGUUUCAGCAACACUUGCCCUGGGCUCCUUGCCCAGACGUCUUCUGGCCUCCAUGCGGGGCCUGCUCCCUCCGCCAGUGUGCUGCCCGCCCGCUUUGCUUGGUGGCUUCGGCUUCCGUGCUCCUUCCUGGCCUCAACUUCUCGGUCUUCAUUUACAUACGGCCCCCCUGGCCCCACCACAGCUGCUCCUGCUGCCCCCGCUCUGCGUGUGAAGUCAAGCUGACUUCCCCUCUAGAGCCCUAAGGAUGUGGUAGAAAAUCUCAACGGCGCGGAUGAGCCCGGACUCAAGUGCAGUCCGCAUGUGAGAAGUGAGGGAGGUGGCAGUGUCCAGCAGCUUUCCCUUAAAGGCCUGCAUUUCCUUUGGGCCGCCCCCACCGUGGGGUGGGCAUCAUCCGC